AUGGCCGCCCCCACAGUAGAGGAAAUCCGUGCCAAUGCCUAUGUUGGUUUCGACACUAUCACCCAGCAGAUUGAGCACAAGCUGCUCAAGCGCGGUUUCCAGUUCAAUGUCAUCGUUGUUGGCCAGACAGGAUUGGGAAAGUCCACGCUGAUCAACACCAUUUUUGCUUCGCACUUGAUUGACACCAAGGGGAGGAAAGAAGCGGACGAGCCUGUGCGACAGACAACAGAGAUUCACCCCGUCUCUCAUGUCAUUACGGAAAAUGGUGUGCGGCUACGUCUGAACAUCGUUGACACGCCCGGGUAUGGCGACCAGAUCAAUAACGAGAACUGCUGGGAUCCCAUUGUGAAAUAUAUCAAGGACCAGCACAGUGCAUACCUCCGCAAGGAGCUCACAGCGAUGCGUGACCGCCAUAUCCAGGACACGCGCAUUCACUGCUGCCUCUAUUUCAUCAACCCAACUGGCCACUCCCUUCGCUCUAUUGACAUUAUUGUCAUGAAAAAGCUGAGUGAGGUUGUCAAUGUUGUCCCUGUCAUUGCCAAGUCGGACAGCUUGACAAUGGAGGAGAGAGAAUCUUUCAAGCAGAAGAUUCGGGCUGAGCUUGUGCACCACAACAUUCGCCUGUACCCCUUCGAUACGGAAGAGAACGACGAAGAGGAGGUCCAGCUCAACGAGAGUAUCAGGGCGAGUACACUCCCGCAACUUGUCGGUUCAGAGCGAAACGUGAUUAUAGAUGGCAAGUCUGUUCGCGGCCGCAAGAACCGCUGGGGCGUCGUUAACGUGGAGGACGAGAAGCACUGUGAAUUCGUCUAUCUGCGCAACUUCCUCACAAGGACACAUUUACAGGACCUUAUCGAGACGACUGCGCAGAUCCACUAUGAGGCCUUCCGUCAAAAGCAGCUGCUCGCGCUCAAGGAGCAAACCAAUACCCGGGCAUCCUAA